AUGACUCUGUGCCUUUGCACUUGGUUUAUCUGGUUGUGCACUGUUACUGGAUAUAUAUGUGACCAGUGUCGAGAGGGUGCCUCCUUUGUCAAUGCAGCUGUUAAUUUACAAAAUAAGCACCUCAUUAGAGUUCCAAAUGCCAGGACUAUGACAGAGUGUGCUAUUGCCUGUUGCAACUACUCAGGCUGUGACCUUGCCUGGUUAUUGGGCAGACAGUGUUAUAUUUUGGACUGCCAACAUAAAGAGAGCUGUGAACCCCAAAAAUUUGAGCGCAUGCCAUCAUACUUAACAUUUGUUCUUAGGCCUUCUCGGAGAUAUAUUUCCUUACCAAAUCUUGUGCCUAAUGGAAAAUAUUUGCUUGGAGAUCAAAGUGAUCCAGAGGAGGAUAUGGCCAGUCUUAAGGAUCUGUCCUCCUUAAUCAAGAACCCCAGCCUGGAGGAUUUGGCUGACUACACAGAUGAUUAUGGUGCUCCUCAGCUGGAUCUUCUCCAUCCAAACCUAAAAGAAGGUGACAAAUCAAAGCCCGAUUUGGACUACAGAAGUUGGCUUAUGCCUCAUACAACUAAGAACACCACUGCUGUUGAGGUUGGCAGACGUAAUGAUGAUGAUGCAGAGCAUUCAAAAGAAGAUUCCAUAGUUAGUAAUGUUGUGUUGGGCAAUGUUUCUGAAACAUUAUUUGGAGACCAACUAACCACUGCAAUAGCAAAAGCAGAGACAGCCUUACCAAGAGAAAGGGGAACCAAUGAGGAGCUUCCAACACUUACCCCCAAUUCUGCUAUUCUGGACAAAGUCUUUGCUGAUGUUACAGAGAGGAAUGAAAACCAUUCAGCUGAGCAGUUAGUACCAGAGCACCAGGAGGUUGCAGAAAACACAGCCACUGCUAUGCCAUCGAAUCCAUCCAUUACUAUCAAUGCAUUGCCUACCUCCGCUGCCCAAUUUCCAAUGUCAGCACUCACAGUAACCACAGCUGGCAACAUGGAAGCGGAUUUGCCAACUGAAGAAGUUCAACUUGAUGUCUUUGUAAGCCCCGAACCCCAGGCCAAUGUGCCUUAUGCAUUUGACUGGAGUCUGAUAAAGCAGCCUGCAGAAUUUCAUGGUGAAUUGAAAAUGAAAAACACAAGGUCUCCAAUAUUGUUGAAUGUCACCUCAGGCCUGUAUAUAUUGAAAGUGUCUGUGUCUGGAGAACAUGCCUUUGGAGAAGGACUUCUAAAUGUCACCAUCAAGCCAGCAGCUAAAGUAAACCUGUGGCCAGUUGCAGUUGUGUCUCCAAGAACACAAGAAGUGUCUUCACCUUCAACAUCUGCCUUUAUUGAUGGACGUCAAAGCAGUGAUGAUGAUAAAAUUAUAGCAUAUCUAUGGGAAGAAAUUAGAGGAUCUUCGCAUGAACUGAAGACUGUAGGCAAGGAAUCAGUUUUGCAUCUCUCUGAUCUGGAGCCUGGAAACUAUACAUAUAGGUUAACUGUAACUGACUCAGGUGGGGCUAAAAAUUCUACUGAAGCCUCUGUAAUGGUUCACCAGCCUGUGGACAACCCACCCAUUGCCAAUGCUGGACCUAAUCAAGUUAUAACACUUCCCCAAAAUCAUAUCUAUCUGAAUGGAACCCAGAGCAAAGAUGACCAUCAAAUUGUCAGUUAUGAGUGGUCACUGAACCCCAGCACUAAUGGGAAAGUGGUGACUAUGCAGGGUGUACGCUCCCCAUACCUUCAAGCUAAAGCAGAGCAGCCUGGAGAGUAUAUAUUUCAGUUGACGGUGACAGAUUCUGCCAAGCAGCAGUCUUCUGCUCAAGUAAUUGUAACUGUGAAGCCUGAAAAUAAUAGUCCACCAGUAGCAGAAGCUGGGCCAGAUAAAGAACUGACUUUUCCUGUGGAACCUACAACACUAGAUGGAAGCAGAAGUAAAGAUGACCACGGCAUUGUGUCCUAUGAAUGGGAGAACAUCAGUGGGCCCACCACAGUGACAAUUCAAAACAGUGAUAAACCAGUGGCUGUUGUUUCUGAUCUACACAUUGGAACAUACCACUUUCGUUUGACAGUCCAAGACCAGCAAGGGUUAACCAGCACAGCUGCUGUCUCCAUCACAGUUAAAGAAGGAAAAAAUAGCCCUCCAAAGGCUCAUGCUGGUGGAACACGUGUCCUUGUUCUUCCCAAUACUUCCAUUUCACUGGAUGGAUCAAAGUCUGUUGAUGAUCAGGGGAUAUUAUCAUACCAGUGGAGGAGAGAUGGUCAGAGCCCAGCAGCUGGGGAAGUGAUGGACUCAUCUGAACAUAAACCAGUUCUUCAACUCACUAAUCUGGUGGAAGGAAUUUAUUUGUUUCAUUUGACGGUCACAGAUGCAAAAGGAGAGUCAGAUAUGGACACAGCCACAGUGGAAGUGCGUCCUGAUCCAAGGAAACAAAGCCUGGUUGAACUAAUUUUAGAGGUUGCAGUCAGGCAGCUGAGUGAACAACAGAAAGACACUCUGGUGAGACAACUGGCUGUUCUUCUCAAUGUCCUUGAUUCUGAUGUUAAAGUUCAGAAGAUACAAGCACAUUCAGAUUUAAGCACUGUGAUCCUUUUCUAUAUCCAAAGUGGACAUCCCCUUAAAACAUGGAAGGCAACAGAUGUUAAACGAACGCUUCAAAACCAGCUUUUGAAAGAAAAGGCAGAUUUUCUAUUGUACAAAGUGCUCAGAGUAGACACAGCUGUGUGUCUUCUGAAAUGUUCGGGACAUGGACACUGCGAUCCAAUAACAAAAUCCUGCCUUUGUUAUCCCUUUUGGAUGGAAAAUUUUAUCCAGCGUUAUGUCAGUGAUGGGGAAAGUAAUUGUGAUUGGAGUGUACUUUAUAUUACUGUGCUGACAUUCGCCUUGGUUGCCUUUCUGAUGGGCAUGGUCUGGGUAUGCAUCUGUUGCUAUAAAAGCCGGAAGAGGACCAAAAUAAGAAAGAAAACAAAAUAUACUAUUCUGGACAAUUUUGAUGAUCAAGAAAGAAUGGCACUGAGACCCAAAUAUGGGAUAAAGCACAGGAGCACAGAGCAUAACUCCAGCCUUAUGGUUUCAGAGUCAGAAUUUGAAAGUGACCAAGACACAAUUUUCAGCCGUGACAAAGCAGACCAAGAGAACCCAAAAAAUAUUUCCAGCGGAUCUCUUAGGAAUGGUGCACCUUUUAACUUCAGCUCCAAAUGUAGAUGA